UCAGUUAAAAGUUGAGAGUGGAACGAUUAAAUUCACAGUGAGAAGCUGUGAAGUGAAACUUUUUAGUGGAUCAAUAUCAGUGAAGAGCCAAAGACAUGGAUUAUUUGCUGAAUAAAUUUACUUCUUCUGGCCCGAAAAAGUUGAAGAUAGCCUUGAUUGGACAGAGCAACUUUGCUGCUGAUGUUCUUGAAUUACUUCUCAGCGAUGGACAUGAAGUUGUUGGUGUUUUCACAAUUCCCGACAAGGGUUCCCGUGAAGAUAUCCUAGCGGUCACAGCUAAAAAUCACGAUAUUCCCGUCUUCAAAUUCUCCGUCUGGCGAAAGAAGGGCGUUGCAAUUCCUGACGUUCUGGAGAAGUACAAAUCCGUUGGUGCAAAUUUGAAUGUCCUGCCUUUCUGCUCCCAGUUCAUUCCUAUGGAAGUUAUCGAUGGUGCUGCUCUAGGAAGCAUUUGCUAUCAUCCAUCAAUUCUGCCACGACAUCGUGGUGCUAGUGCCAUAUCCUGGACCUUGAUUGAAGGAGAUUCUAUUGGAGGUUUUUCCAUCUUCUGGGCUGAUGAUGGUCUGGACACUGGACCAAUUCUGCUUCAGAAGGAAGUUGAAGUGGAAGAUUCUGAUACCCUCGAUUCAAUUUACAAGAGGUUCCUCUACCCUGAAGGUGUAACGUCCAUGGGGGAAGCUGUUCGGUUGGUAGCGGCAGGAACUGCACCCAAGAUCAAACAAACUGAAGAGGGAGCAACAUAUGAUCCACCUAUGUUCAAGGAAGAGAACCAGAUUAUUAACUUAAAUCAACCAGCAAAGGCAAUCUUCAACUUUAUCAGAGGCUUGGAUUCAGUUCCUGGUGCCAUUGCAUAUGCUCUGGAUGAGAAUGAAGAUGAGGUCAUGAUAAGGCUCUUUGGAUCUCAAAUGUUUGAUGAUCCCAUUCCAGAAGGAAAACCUCUUAAGCUCAAAGGAUUGACUACACCAGCCUUGGUUACAGAAAAAGGACUUUUAAUUACCGGAUCAGAUGGCAAGGUCGUCAAUGUCCAAAGGAUUAAGAAGGGAAGUAAGAUGAUCUCAUCAUCAAAAUGGUUUGAUCAAACUUCUGGACAGGUUACUUUGGAGUUAACAGACGCAGAGAAGGCUAUCGAAACGAGCUUAAAGGGAAUCUGGGAAUCGAUCCUCAAGGUCGAUAUCACUGAAGAUACUGACUUCUUUGCUUGUGGUGCUGGCUCAAUGGACGUUGUUCGUUUGAUUGAAGAAGUCAAGGAUGCUUAUGACGUUGGUCUCGAGAACGAAACUCUCUUCAUGGCCCCUACAUUCCAAGAGUUUUUCACUCAACUAAUCUUGGUAUCUCGUCAAGGAAGUUCUUCUGGAGUAAUUAAUGUGGAGUACGAUGGAUUUGUGCUGAAGGCUAAUAAGAGAGAAAUCUCUGUUCCCACGCAACUCUUCAUCAAUGGAAAAUUUGUUGAUGCAGAAAACGGCCGAACUCUGGAUAUUGUUAAUCCGACAACGGAAGAAGUUCUCUGCAAAGUUGCACUAGCCAGUAAGAAUGAUGUAGAUGUUGCUGUAAAAGCAGCCCAUGAAGCUUUCAAGGGCCCAUGGUCGCAGGUCUCAGCUCGUCAACGGGGCCAGUUGAUGUUCAAAUUGGCUGAUUUGAUGGAACAGCAUAAGGAGGAACUUGCAACAAUUGAGGCUGUAGAUUCAGGAGCGGUUUAUACUUUGGCAUUGAAAACUCACGUUGGCAUGUCAAUUGAUGUAUGGAGAUAUUUUGCCGGAUGGACAGAUAAGAUUGAGGGAUCGACGAUCCCUGUAAAUCCAGCUAGGCCAAACAAUGUACUCACUUUUACCAAGAGAGAACCCAUUGGAGUCUGUGGAUUGAUCACUCCGUGGAAUUAUCCAUUGAUGAUGUUGUCUUGGAAAAUGGCAGCUUGUAUAGCUGCUGGAAAUGCAGUUGUGCUGAAACCUGCUCAAGUUUGUCCUCUAACGGCCCUUAAAUUUGCUGAAUUAUCUGUAAAGGCUGGCUUUCCGCCAGGAGUGAUCAAUAUUACAGCUGGAACUGGCUCAAUUACUGGGCAAGCAAUUGCUGAUCAUCCUCUUGUUCGUAAGCUAGGCUUUACUGGAUCUACCCCCAUCGGCAAGAAAAUUAUGGCGUCUUGUGCAGAAUCCAAUAUCAAAAAAUGCUCCCUGGAACUUGGAGGCAAGAGUCCCUUGGUGAUCUUUGCCGAUUGUGAUCUCGAUAAGGCUGUUCGUCUGGGAAUGUCUGCUGUGUUCUUCAACAAAGGUGAAAAUUGCAUAGCUGCUGGAAGGAUAUUUGUGGAAGAAAAGGUCCAUGAUGAUUUUGUCAGGCGGGUUCUUAAGGAUCUCAAGACGAUGACCAUUGGUGAUCCUCUAAAUCGAUCAACUGCUCACGGUCCUCAGAAUCAUAGAGCGCACAUGGAAAAGCUGGUUGAAUACUGUGAGAUUGGAGUUAAGGAAGGCGCUAAACUUGUAGCUGGCGGAAAAAGGGUACCUGGCAUGAAAGGAUUCUUCUUCCAACCGACUGUCUUUACGGACGUGGAAGACCACAUGUACAUUGCCCAGGAAGAGAGUUUUGGACCCGUUAUGGUCAUUUCCAAGUUCAAGGGAAGUGAUGUUGAGGCUAUUGUAAAAAGGGCUAAUAACACAGAAUAUGGCUUGGCUAGUGGAAUCUUUACCAAAGACAUCAGCAAGGCUCUCCUGUUUGCCGAACAAGUGGAAGCCGGAACAGUCUUUGUCAACACUUACAAUAAGACUGACGUUGCUGCUCCAUUUGGUGGCUUCAAGCAGAGUGGUUUUGGCAAGGAUUUAGGCAGGGAGGCUCUCAAUGAAUACCUCAAAACUAAGUGCGUUACAAUUGAAUUUUAAUACUUAUCAACAGCAAGAAAAGAAAUGUAUUUCAUCUGAAGAACCACAAUUAAUUUUUUUUUACAUUAAAAGCAAUCGUUACUUGUUA